CUCCUACUACUCCGGAUGUGAAACCUCAAGUUACUUGUUGAGGUUUGAAAGUGGAGCUUUUAUUCUGAGAUAUGGUAAUAAGCCACUUUCCCCAAAAGGAAGUUGGUAAACGGAGCGGGUUCCUUCUUCCAAGUUUGACUAAAGAGGGGUUGAUUGAUAGCCCACGAGAUUGGAUUACUAAAGCUACCCCUGUCUUGUCUCCAAGCAGAGAGCUAGUGCGCUUUCCAAGACACCAUGUGUAAAUGUCUUGUAAGCUGCGUACAACACAUGGUCAAGUAAGAGCACAUCAA